GUCCGCCCCGCCACCCCGAAGAGACAGUUGUAUAUGCAAUAGGAAGAGUGGUAAGACCUGUUGUCCUUCACUUUAUAAGUUGACGAAGUUGAUUGUGAAGAACUGGAAGGUAGAGUCUAAGUAUGGAGGCGAAGCCUGUAAAUCAAGGGGGAGGUGAUGGUAGGGAGCAAGUCCCGGGAGAUUACCGCUUGGAGGAGGAAAGGGUAAGGGAGAUGAUUAGGGCCUGUUUUGAGGAUGGCAUUCUCCCAAUGGAUAUCGACCCAGGGGAGAUGCAAGUGACGGGAAGGGAAGUGAAAUUUGUAUUAAAUACGUCCCUCGAUGAAAUCAAAGUUAGGUGGCUUAAGGAACGAACCGUGACAGUCAUUUUUCGUGACGGAGCACGUUUCUUACCCAAGAAGGUCAAAGAAGAUGUGGUGAGGGCGUAUGAAGAUGUCUGGAUUCGAGACGAGGUUUUCGGGCAGGACUUCAAGAGAGGGCGUAUCAAAGUGGAGAGUCCUAAUGUUAUCUCCUACGUUCCAAGAGCUCAAGUAAUCUCCGAUUGGAUGCUUAGGAAGAAGACCGAUGCUAUUGACCUUGCAGGGAUUACUUUUCGGACGGAUUUUAAACCAUGGCUGGCGAGAGCCGAGAUUCGAAACUGGAGGCAGCUGAUCGGCCAGAGCACCUUUUGGGUUGUUGCUGUGGGCAUACCUCUGAAUGAGAUGCCAUUCAUCCAUGUGCACGUGGAGAAAGUGAUCGGCAAGAUCGUGAAAGAACAUAAACUAGAGGCUGAUGAUACGGACACGAAGCUGGUGAACCUGCGCUUCGACAUUGGUCCAGCCUGCAAAACAAACAUGACGGAUAAGAUCAUGAUGCAAACCUUUCAAGGCGAUGUGCUGGAGAUAAGACUCGCCGAUGCUGACUCGAAAUAUUGUAAGCGAUGUCGUACCUUUUUCCACACUGAGGCUUCUUGUCGGCGUGCAGGGAGGAGGCCGGAUCAAGGCGCUUCGAGUUCCAGCCAGGGUCAGUCAGCGAGAAGAUGAAAUCAACAACAACAACAACACCAAGGCUACAAUGGAUCCUUGAUGGCUCUAGGGGCUUCAGUUCAGCAGGCAGGUUCAACUGCACCUGCGAAUCUUUCGGGAGGUAUUGAUGGCUCCCAUUUUCUUUUGAAUGCGAGCUGUUCAGAAUCCCCCAUGCCAUAUGCACUGGAGAACUUGGCACGCUCGAUGAUUCAGGAUAAAUUCAGCCUUUGGUU